UUGAUCACGUGAGAAGCUGCAGCAGCAGCAGCAGCAUCAUCAUCCUGUAAGUCUGCGAGGAUAUUUGGAGCUAGAGAUAACAUAGGUCAGGUAUAGGAUAGGGAAGACAAUGAACGGCAUAUUCCUCGUUUCCACUGCGUAUGUCUUUUUGAAUUGCAUUUAUUCGUAUUAAUAUUAGAACCAGGCACAGUCUCUCGUCUGGAUGCACGGUGGUGCUAGUUGUAACAUUAUUGUGGAAUGCGGUGAAAUAUUUUAAUAAUGCACAGAUAUAGCUACUUCUGUUUGAGAAAAAUAAUUAAGACCAUGCAGAGGAGACACAGUAGCAACACUGAUGGCGCGCCCCCUGAGAGGACGAGGAGCCAGACGGUGGGCUCAGAAACCAGCCUGGAUGAAGGAGGUGUUUUCGAAGGUCUCAAGCCAGAAUCCCCCUCCACACAGCAGCUCUUCUCCGGCCUGGUGGGUCUCCCCUCGGGAAACGUGUCGGCCGCUUCCUUCCAGGCAGCCGGUCUGGUCAUGGGGUCCCCUCCGGUCUACAUCCAGAUGACCUCUUCCUCCAGAGAGGAGGGCCCUCACCGGGCAGACAGUGCCCCCUACCUGCCACACCAGCCACAGCACCACUUCCACCAGCCGCCCCCUCACCGCUCCUCCCUACUGCACGCUGCCACUCCAGAUCGCCAGGGAAACGGGGAGGAUGGACCGGAGGACCCGUCCACGCCUGCCCCAGCCCUGUCCGAGCUCCGAGCCGUCAUCUCCUGGCUCCAGAAGGGCCUCCCUUUCAUCCUCAUCCUCCUGGUCAAGCUCUGCUUCCAGCACAAACUGGGUAAUGCGGUGUGUAUUGGGAUGGCGAGCACGUUUGCCUGCGCGAAUUCAACGCUCAAGCACCAGGUCUCCUUAAGGGAAAAGAGAUCUGUGUUGAUCUCGUUCUGGAUCAUGGCUUUCCUUGCUGGGAACACCUUUUAUUUGUAUUACACCUUCAGCUCUGAGGAGCUAUACAACAGCCUGGUCUUUGUGAAGCCCAAUCUUGCCGCUGUGGAUUUCUUUGAUUUGAUGUGGGUUGUGGGGAUCACUGAUUUUGUGCUCAAGUACUUCACGAUGAGUCUGAAGUGCGUUGUCCUCGUCUUGCCUCGAGUUCUCCUGGCUUUCAAAUCCCGGGGUAAGUUUUACCUGGUGAUCGAGGAGCUGAGCCAGCUGUUUCGGGCACUGGUUCCAAUCCAGCUGUGGUACAAGUACAUCGUGGGGGAAGACCCCUCGAACAGCUACCUUCUCGGGGGGGUGCUUCUCAUACUGUACAGCUUGAGCAAGUCCUUUGAUGUAUGUGGCCGCGUAGGAGCAUUAAGAAAAGCUAUGAAGAUGCUGUGCAUUUCUCAGAGCUGCGGUGUGCGUGCCAGCAGCCAGCAGUGCAGUGAGGCGGGGGAUGUGUGUGCGAUCUGCCAGGCGGAGUUCAGGGAUCCUGUGAUACUGAUGUGCCAGCACGUGUUCUGUGACGAGUGUGUGUGCCUGUGGUUUGACUGUGAGAGGACCUGUCCGCUGUGUCGCUCGGCUGUCAUCGAGACCCUGCGCUACUGGAAGGAUGGCACCACCUCGGCACACUUCCAGGUCUACUAGGAACAGGACAGUUCUGCAGGGAUGGGUAAUCCUACAGCGUGCGCUCUCAUACAGACCCCUGAUGACCCCUGUGAGGUACCCCACCCAGCCCCUUCCGGAUGGUUGCCAUGCUGAGGCGCUAGGGAGGCCACACUGCGGAUGAUCCCUGGGGCCAAGAUUACACUUCAGCCAUCAACACCGGGCCAAUAGGAAAUCCACGUGACCUGGCAGAGAAAAAGCACUGAAGGCUCGUCUAUUAUAGUGAAGCUACAUCUUGGUUGGUCCCCACCACUACUAUCUCAUUUUAUCUGGGAGAAAGCUGAGUGCAAUACUAGCAUGAAGUAAAUCAACAGCUACUCUCAUGGAAUAAAAAUCAUGACCACAUACAUAGUCCAGCGUUCCAAUGCUUUUUUCAAACACUGACAGACCAUUAUCACACACAUGUUAGUCAGGGGUCCUGAAGACUGACACCAUGGCGAUCCUUCUGGUAGGGCUUGUGGGGCAUUAGCAGAGCUCUGAGAGGAAAAUGACAGCAAACUCCAUGCUCUGUGUUCUGCUCCACCUAAUGUAUGCAGCAUCUCGUUUUAGCUGCCUCUUAACACAUCUGCUGUAGGAUUAAGUGUAAACAUGUGGAAAUUGGGAAUCAAACUGUUUUCUUUGCUUGUGUGUGCUUUUAUGUAUUAUGACUGUAAAAUAAACUUUUUUUUUUAAAUCAA